AUGAAGCUUAAGCUACGAACACAAAGUACAGAAACGUUGAAAACAUGUCUAUCUCAGAUUAGUAAUGUCCGCAAGUUCGUGGUUCUCAGAUUCAGUCCAGAACAAUUACUUGCCAUUCUGAUAAAUGGGUCUUCGAUUAACCAAGAGCCUCAAGUAUGGUGCAAACUUCGAAUGCUGUCGAUAUUCAGCGAAAUUGAGAUCCAAAGCUUAAGAGACAACGUGAUUCUUCUCGAGAUCAACAUUGAAUUGCUUCUCCAGACACUAAGAAACUUUGAUAAAGCAAAUAGUCAUGAUCUCAGCAUCCGUCUACAAAGAAAGGAGAGUUCUGGAGGUACAACUGGAGGAGGCAGUCGAACAGCAUCAUUAGCACUUUAUUACUCAGAUGUGACCGUAAACGGUUCCACAAUUAACCACACAUUCCGGAUUCCCGUCAAGAUUUUAAAAGGAAACAGUGAAAUGCUACAAGAGCCCGAAUUGCCUCGAGUAGACCUCAUGAUGAGGCUCCCGAACGAGUUUUCUGCAACAUACAAACGUCUCGACAAGUUCAAGAAGUCAUUGCCGGGCGAUUUGGUAACCAUUCAGGCCAGUAGAAGGCACGGAGGGUACCUUGGAUUUGUUCUUCAAGAAGACGGAAAGUUUAAAGUAACAAUUCGUUGGAACGACAAAUUAGAUGUCCAGAAGCCUCAAGCAGGUUUAGAUAGCGACAGUCUACGAGCUGCAGCACUCAACGAUAGCACAGAUGAGGUUGAUGAAAGCGAUGAAUCAGAGGACAAAGAGAUCACCGUGAGAUUAAAAGAUUGGAAGAUGGCCGCCAAAAUCGUCAGCACGUGUAAAACAAUAAUCUUUCUUAUGUGUCACAAUGAAGCAUGUGUCAUUCACUGUCUUCUAGACGACUCUGACGAUGUGGAGAUGAUUUACUACAUUGGAGGAGUGAGGAUUCGAGAAGGUGACGAGUAUUGA